UGUACUUAAAGAAAGUAGUUCGUUUCAUUCCCCUAUAAAUGGCCAGAGGUAGCUGUUGAGGUUCCAACCGGCUGUGUUCCUUGUAGGAGGCGGUAGGGCUGGAGGAUGGCGCUCUUCUUUUAAGGAAAACAACUCUGUUAUUCACUCUCAUUGCUUACAGCUUGGUUGAAGGGCUGUGGUCUUUAUUCAGAGUAGAAGGUGCCAAGGUGACAGCCACCAUUCUUUAAGCAAGAAUGGACAUUGGGCAGCUUGUGGCCUUUUCUCAAUUCGUGCAUUCUACUGACUUCUGCCUUGUUAUAGCUUCUUCAAACGCACAUCUUUGGUGUCUACAUGCAACACCUUGGAAGAUGACUUUGUAGAUUUUCCUGCUUAUAAGGCUGAUUUUUGACUAGCUCUCCAUAGGUAACGUAUAGAGCUAGUCAUAUUAAGCACUGAGCUGUAGAAAUGACAAUGGUGGCAUGUCUGAUACCUUGGUCACGUUAUCCCCCCCUUGCUUUCUCCUCCUUGGGUUCUCUCCCUCUGGUCCACGUUGUGUGGAGACCUGUAACGGUUCUUUGCAGGCUAGCUAUUUGGGAGAUUGUCUGCAAAUGUUAAUGUGUCUCUGGAGGACACCAAAAAUCAGCCAAAGCUGCCAAGAGGUAGCUCGUGAAGAAAACUCUGGAAUUCUAAAGCUGUCUCUGAUAUUUAGGUUUUCUCCAAGGAACUUUCCCCUAACAACAAAAUUAUACAGCAAAACAUACUUUGGGUUGACUUUUUUUUAUUUUUAACCAAAGUGUGUUAAAUGUAACCCUAAUUAAUUUGUAUUGUGUCUUUAAAGUUAGGUAUCAGAAUACUCCAAAUGGUCCUGAUUUUCAUGCUCUUGAAUCUUCAUGGCCUUCAUAAAGUUACUUUGUUUCUUAUUUGUUGGAGCUUAAGUAAUGCAGAGAUUAUUGGGAAUUAAGAUAAAGAUGAGGUAGUUCUGGGAAGGUGGUAACUUGAACCUUUACUCCCUAGUUUAUUUCCUCUCCAUCCGGGAGCACAGAAGGCUUUGGAUUCUAGCUGGAAUAUCAAGGAGAGAGAGCUGGGACAGAUUGGGUUUUUCAUGACGUUAAAGUAUGUGGACCGCCAUAUCAGAGGCUAUGACCAGCUGAAGUGUAGCUCUCAGAAGAACUUAGGCCCAGAGUUCUGUGGAUCCUCUGGGCAAGAUCAACAGUUGCUAUCUGUGGGUGGGCAGGGUGUCCCAAAAGAAGACAUUUGCUGGCGGUAUCUUGUGAGUGACGUCAGCAAGGGCCAGCACAAGCUUGCGCACGCCCCAACUGUCGAGGCUGCCCGGAAGGCACUAACGUUGAACUCAGGGUCCAAGAGCUCUUUUAUCCUGAUGAGGCCACGCUUAAGACAACACGGGACUCCCGAGGAAGCUACCCUUAGCUGUGGCCAGAGACCGGCGGGCGCACUGAACCUUUGUGAACGGAGUGCGGGAAGUGGACUCCUGAUGUCUUCAUGCCUUUCCCAGGGCACCCGCACCCACGCGGCCAAAGUCAACGCCGCAGCCGCAGCCGCCUCUCGGAAACGGAAGCCGAUUUCCAGAGCUUCCAAGCGGCCCUGUGGGCGGUUAAGGCCCUGCCAGGAUCUCUCUGCUCCCGCGGAAGAAGCUUCUGUGUCAGCUCCCUCGACCCAGCGUCCUCGGCAGAAGCAACAGUCUCUUGCAGCCAUGUCUGAGAGCUCAACAUUUCCCAAGGUUUUCCACAAAACCCGCAGCAGGAGACGAGACCCGAGGAAGCUGGCAGCCGCCAUGGAGCGGGUGAGGCAGUGGGAAAUUCGCCUGCUUCAGAACCUCGAGGAGGCCUCGCAGCACCACCUCACCGUCGAAACCGAGAAUAAGAGACCUGUUCAGUUCAGUGCAGAAGAUCCGCCAGGGGCCAGCUCCCAUCUCCACGCAGGGCACGGACUUUUGCCAUUCUGGACACAUGUCCACUAAAUUCGAAGCUGGCAAUACUCUUAUAAAUGAUUGUACCACUCACUUUAUCCAAAACACUUGUUCUUUAUUGUAAAACUGUUAAGCACCCUAACCUGCCGGCGCCAUCCUUCCUCUCCUCUUUCCCUCAGCCCCUCUUCAGGGGUAGGGGCAGGGGUGCCGGCUCUUCUCUGAGAUGCUAGAGUAGACCCAGAAAACACCGUGACUGGGAGACACUGAAAACUUUGUUGGAAGAACAACGUCCACUAGAUGCCAAGGGCAUAUAUGGUCUGGGACGUUCCAGGGGCAGGAGAGAUUUAUUUUUAAACUUCAGGUACAGCAGAAAGUUCUCCCUCCAGCUCCUAUCAGUUUAGAGGCAUGUUUUGAAGGGUUACCAACAUUGGGACACCCAGGAAAUCCACCACCAAUGGGCAUGAGGCUGGCUGACAGCUGCAGUUACUGGGCUAGCACAGCAUUUCCGCGGCUCCAGUCGUGUCUGUGGUGGGAACUCACUGUGUAAGAUGCCUCAGCAUUUGGAACCUUUCUGAACUUCCUCCUGUGUGAACGACUGUUCAGGUUAUAAAAAUGAUAGAAGUCUUUUAACUUGUCAAAUAAAACAUAAAAAUAUAAAGACACAAAAACUUACUACGUAACGACAUAAAGGCAAAUACUUCCAAGUAAUUCCUUCUAAUUUGUAUGAAAAAUAAACUGUUUUCUUGACAACUCAGAGAAAAAUAUGAGGAAAGAUUUCGCAAUACAGAAGACUUAUUGACACAAAAAUUAAUAUCCUAACAAACAGUGAAUUUUAACAUGUGAGAGUUAGA